AUGGCUCCGAGUAGCUUCAGUUUGAGGGGCAGACCAGCUCACACUCCCGGCACGACAGUCCUAACGUAUACACCCAAUGGCAAACACAUAAUUACAGCCGGCUCGAACUCUGGAAUCCGAGUAUUCACAACUGGCGAGGAUGGCGAACCGCAGACGAUCGACGAGGGUAUGGAGGCCCAUUUAGCAAUUGCAGCAACCAAUGAAUCUAUGAUCCUGGGGUCUGAGGAUGGCACGGUGUGGCUUUACAAACUGCCGGAAGGUACAAUGGAUAAGCCAUUAGCUCGCUGUACACUCCCAGUUCGCGACCUAGCUAUUUCUAAAGAUGAGGAAUGGGUUGCUGUUGCUAGCGAUGAGCUUACUGUCAAGAUCGUGAAUAUUAACGAUAUUACGGAAGUCAAAUAUUUGCGAGAACAGACAAAAGGAGUCAAGCAUGUAACAUUUGACCCAAGCGGCCGCUUUGUUACCGUGUCUUGCGCCGAUGGGAUUAUUUAUAUCUACUCAUUUACCGAGACAGAGCCAACGUUGCUGCAUAAGCUCGACGGAGUGAUUCAACGACUUGAAACAGACAAUGAGGCAACAUCAAGAGCAGUUUGGCAUCCAGAUGGAACUGCAUUCGCUACAGUAGAAGCUACACGGGAUAUCACAGUAAUAUCGAGUAGGGAUUGGACUAAGCAACGGAAAUUCUCUGGUGGUCAUAAUGGAGAUAUCACCUGUCUUGCCUGGUCUCCUAACGGGGCAAUGCUUGCAAGUGCCGGAGCCGACCGAAAACUUCUCCUAUGGGAAACCAGGACCCAAAAGGUCAUAAAGACCUACGAUAUCCCAAACGUCAUCAACUUUCGCUGGCAUCCUACCCUGAACAUUGUUUCGUUUACUACUUCCGACGGAGAGCUGUAUAUUUACGAAGAUUUCAUCCCGCCCGAGUUUCACCCACUUCUAUCAAAGACGUUGGAAGUGGCGCCGUUACUCGCAAUUGGCUCACGCGAAGAGAUUACAAUCUCUCAUAGACUACAACGACAUGAUACCAAUAAUAAUUCCGAGAGCAGACAGAGAGGGGGAAGCCCCGACUCCCUCGAUGAUAUACUCGGGCCAGACGAUGGAGAUGACUUUGUUGAAGAUGACGAUGGUGCAGGCUACACUGAAGACAUCAAUGGCCAUGGCAAGAGAACCAACACUCAUAUGGAUGAGUUAUUUGGCCAUGAUCCCAAACGGCGGCCAGCCGCCCCUUGGAAAACUAUUGCCCAUGAACCCUUUCAGCCGGGUAGCACCCCCUGGAGAGGCAACAGAAAAUAUCUAGCAUUGAACCUUGUUGGAUUUGUAUGGACCGUUGACCAAGACACUCACAAUACCGUGACUGUGGAGUUUUAUGAUCGGGAACGAUACCGUGACUUCCAUUUCACAGAUCCGUACCUCUACGACAAGGCUUGUUUAAAUGAAAAGGGCGUUUUAUUUUCAUGUCAGCCUACAUCCGGCAACCCAGCAACAAUGUUUUAUAGGCCGCAUGAAACUUGGACAACGCGAGCGGACUGGAGAACUGAACUUCCUCCGGGGGAAAAAAUUACAGCCAUUGCAUUAAGCAACUCUUACGUGACGGUAACAACUUCGACAGACUAUGUUCGGGUUUAUACCCUUUUUGGCACUCCGUAUCGGGUUUUCCGACAAAAGAGUCAAACGGUUACCUGUGCAGCAUGGCGAGACUAUAUUAUCACCAUCGGGAAUGGCCCGGCUGGUAGUGAUGGAGUCGCACAACUGAAGUACUCCAUUGAAAAUGUUCGACGUGACGAGAUUUGUCAAAAUGAGGAUACUGUUGCAUUAGCACGGGGGACACGGCUGCAAAAUGUCUUUUUUUCGGACAAGGGUGACCCCUGCAUAUAUGACAGCUCAGGGGUUCUCCUAGUGUUACAGCAUUGGCGGAAACCAGGACAGGCCCGCUGGGUCCCGCUCCUUGAUACCAAGUUGCUUGAGCGCGUUGCCAGUGGCCGUAAGGAAGAAACCUAUUGGCCUGUUGCUGUUGCACAGGAUGUUUUCCACUGCAUAAUCCUAAAAGGUGGAGAUAAGUACCCCUAUUUCCCGCGACCGUUACUCACUGAGUUCGAUUUCCAAAUCCCAAUAUCUUCUGUUUCAUCUACAGAGAAGAGCAACAAGGAUGGGGACACGGAAAUGGAAGACGCUGAGGAAGUCGCUAGGAAAAAUAACAGGAAGCUACAAGAAUCUCUUGUUAGGACUAGCUUGGAUUAUACUCUGCUGGAAGACUGCGUCACGGCAUGCGAGAUUGGCGCAUCUGGGGACGCCGAGCUGAGGAGAAAAGCUCUUGACAUUGACAAAAUUCUCCUACAGCUGCUUGCUGUCGAAUGCCGUGAGGGUGAGGAAAGGGGCAUGAAGGCUCUGGAACUCGUCACCAUGCUUCGUGACCGCUCUGGCAAAAUGAUAGAUGCUGCUAGCAAAAUUGCACAGCGCUAUCAGAGAUCUAUCCUUGAUGACAAAAUCCGAGCAAUAGCAGAGCGAAGGCUGAUGGGUGAAGAUAACGAUGACAUCACAGGGGGUAACGACGAUAUAUAA